CGUAUGGCUUCGUGUCUGGCUCCUGUCGCGGAGUCUUCUGGCAUUAUGCUCGGAGAAGGCUUACCAGCAAACACGAAACCAUUGACCUCACAGAAAUCCGAGUCUGCGUCGCCCAUGUUUCGCUCGCUUCACCUCAACCUCUUGUGCCGGGUUUUUUCGAAAUAACUUGGUUACCGUCUUACCGUCAGGAUUUUAGCUAAUGUUAACAUCUUUUACUCAAGUCAAUUUCCAAGAGACGAUGCGUCUGCUCCUCCAGAACGCAUUUCAGUAUGACGACCCGGAACUCACCAGCGAGAUGAUUGCACUUUACCAGCAGUGCCCAGCCCUCUUCAAUAAAGUACUGUCUCGAACGGACCGAAAUGAGAUGGAUACCCUACUCGAAAACGAAGACCACGAGAUGGAAGUCGACCAGUCUGCCGACAGAAAUCAUCUCAAACCGUCGGCGAUCAAUCGUAUCCCAAUAAAAAGUGUUGUCGCAACCCAUUCAGUUAAUGAUGGCAACAGAAUUCCGACUUGUUCCGGGGACCUCAACACAACAUCGACUUGGCGUUGUCAUCUCCGACUGGCAUACCAAUACGAUUACGGCAAACCUGCACAAUAUCCAUCUCCGUUCGAGAACCGGCCAAUCCAGUGGUCUCGGAAGUUCGGAUUCACCGACAGGUACCUACCAGAUCACUAGAUCCAUACCCCAAGUCCCCAUUCCUCCAACCCCUCUUCCAUCAUCAGGGCACGUGAGCCUGGCUUCUCGUCGGAUUCCCCCAAACGGCCGGCUUGUUUAUAAGCACAGGGCGGCGAACCAGCAACAAGAGGGAUCACCAAGGCCCUUGGCAAAGCCCAAAACAAGAGUCUACGGAUAGUGACA